AUGCGGGUUUUUUCCCGUCUUGCCAUCAAGUACAAGCAGGAGCAUGGGAAAGUACCGGUCUUGAUAGUCGACAAUGCGAACCGACUCGCCCAGAGUCUGCCGAGGCUUCUUGACCGAUUUCAAGACUAUGCGAAGAAUGCUGCCGAUAAAGGAACAGCUGCCGUUGUGUUUGUGUCAAGUAAAGGCCGGGUACCACGUCGCAUGAUGGAGAGAAGUUCAUGGUCGAGAAGAGGGGAAAUCAUCGAAAUUGGUGAUGUGAGUAAAGAAGAAGCUCUACAGUACCUCAAACUCCGGAACAUCGAUAAGGAGCGGGCAGCGCAAAUUUAUCACCUCGUUGGUGGCCGCAUGAUACACCUCAAGUUUAUCGCAGACAAACUUGAGAGAAACGGCGCAUUUGAGGCUAUACGCCAGAUGAUAUUUUACGACGUUAAUGGACAACUCAUGUCCGCUCAAGUUCUCCCUGCACAUCGUUAUCACAAGGAGGGAGCGGUGAUUAUACGUGAGCUUUUAAAGAAGGGUUCCAUCUCGUCGAACGCCUUCUAUAAGCUAGUAGGUGCCGACACCGGGGAUAAGUUAUUGGAAGCAAACAUAUUCGCAUUCCACUUGAAUUCUCGAGAGAUCACCUUUCAGUCGACGGUGAUGAAACGGUUUUGCGAGGAAAAUUCGGCUCUCUGGCAAGGAAAUGAAUAA